AUGUCCAUGUUGCCGUGUCGUGUGUUGUGUCUUUUGGCCAUUGUGUUCUGCUGUGUGGGUGUGGCUCAUGCUGAUGCUCUUUCACCAUAUUUUGUGAAUUUGGUGAAGGAAGCAAACGAAUUGGCUGAAAAAACUUCUAAACUUAAGGUGGAGUGCGACAACGCGGCCACGGCUGCUCGACAGGCCGGGGAAGAAGCUCAUGUAUUUGCUAACGAAAUUUUAUCUUCACUUGAUAAAAUUGCUGCUGAUCCAAAAGAGGUGGAGGAAAGGAAGAGUAAAGGUCAAAAACUCAUUGAUAAUGCAACGAAGGCUGCAGAGAAAGCAGAAAAAGUGCGCGACGAAACUUCAGAGAGUGCAAGGGCAACUGAAGACAAAGCCAUGUUUCCUGGUGUACCAGAAGAAAAAGUUGAGGGGGCAAAGAAAGCAGCUGAAGAGGCAGACAAAGCGGUACAGGCUGCUAUUAAUGAUAUCGACGCUGCGAAAACUUAUGCUAAACAUGUGGAAGAUGCCCUGCAGAAACUCGAAACCGCAGUUUCUGCUGCCAAGGAGAAGAAAGAAAAACAGUUGGAGUCUCAGGAACAGAUAAAGGAAACAUCUCUUGGUGAGCAGCAAGGCCUUACAGAAGGAAAUAAGGUGGAGCAAACACAAGAAAAACAAAAACAGCACUACCGUUCUACUGUUACUAUUAAUAUCCACGGAGAUAAUCUUGACGCCCUACUCAAUGGUGCAGCGAAUAACAGUGGUAUGGCAUUAAAUGACGGCAGCAGCAGCCCUGCGUUACUGCGUGUUCAACUCCUGCUGCUGCUGCUGCUCUCUGUGCUGGGCUGCAUGGCCGUGUGCUGA